AUGGAUGGUCUUUUUGAUGAAAUAUUCAGUAAAGAUAAAGAUGGGUAAUUAUUACAUAAAUGCACUGAUUUUAUCUAAUCAAUAAACCAUCUGUACUAUAAGAACAUACUUGAUUAUAAAGCGUUAACAGCUCACGCACUUAGGGGCCAUUAACAAAAUACGUGACCCCUUGUACAUCCGAUCAUAAAAUACGUGACUCUAAGCCAACCACCCUAUAACAACCAAAUUAUCUAUAAAUCGACACUAUUUCAAUGCCUUAUUAAACCUCGGCCUAAACUGUUUCCCACUCAGGUUCUAGCUGGUUCGUUGAAUAACAAUAUAUUUGAUAGAAAACAUUGAUUUGUCAUGUAAAGGCUGAUAUCCACUGUUGCGUUUUUCAUACGUACGUAUAUACGCACGUAAAACUUUAAAAUCCAUUUAAAUGUUACUUAUGGAAUAACCAAUUAAACCAAAUAAAUGAAGCAACAGAAUUCAGUGUUCCGCAAGUUUUAGUAUGCAUUUGUUAACUUAUUUGUAAAUAUUUAAAAAAUAGAAGGAUUCAAAGUUUUACGUGCGUGUACGUGCGUAUGAAAAACGCAACAGUGGAAAUCAGCCUUAAACGCACGUAAAACUUUGAAUCCUUCUAUUUUUAAAUAUUUUACAAAUAAGUUAACAAAUACAUACUAAAACUUGCGGAACACUAAAUUCUGUUGCCUUAUUUAUUUGGUUAUUUGAUAAGUAACAUUUAAACGGAUUUAAAGUUUUACGUGCACGCGUAUACGGCGUACGUAUGAAAAACGCAACAGUUGAAAUCAGCCUUUAAAGGCUGAUAUCCACUGUUGUGUUUUUCAUACGUACGUAUUACGCACGUAAUACUUUAAAGUAGAAGUCAAGUCCGUAAUGUAUUUUUUAAAUAUGAUGUACUCUCUGAAUAUCUAACACCAUUUUGGUUCGCUAUGCUUCUAAAUGAAUAUGAAAUAGAGAUUAUGUUCAGAAAAAUUCGAAACAUUCUAAAUUUGGGCAAGUUCACAUUAGAGGGUCCACACAUUGUUAUGAGCAUAACCGAUGCGCAGAACGGACUUGCCUUCCACUUUAAAUCCGUUUAAAUGUUACUUAUGAAAUAACAAAAUAAAUAAAGCAAAAGAAUUUAGUGUUCCGCAAGUUUUAGUAUGCAUUUGUUAACUUAUUUGUAAAAUAUUUAAAAAAAAAGGAUUCAAAGUUUUACGUGCGUGUGCACGGUCUUGUUUUGUUAAAAGCCCUGGGAACGAGGUUGGUUCAUUGAACUAUAAAUAAACUGGAAGGCUAACUCAGGGGGGGAAAUUGAAGCCAGUGUAUUUUAGUUUUUCUGAGUUAUGAGCAGAAAUACUCAACACUGAACGUUGGGCAAUAUAUCAAAUUGAAGCUAUUGAAAAACGCUAUUUGGUGUAGAAAUUUCAAGACUUUAGCUAAAAGGGAAAUAUUGAAAAACUACAAACAUAAUUACCGAUAAUUUGCCGUUUUGCAGUUGUUUUUGUAUUUUUUAAAUAUUUCUCUUUUCGCUGAAGUCUUGAAAUUUCCACACCGAAUAGCAAUUUUCAAUAGCUUCAAUUUGAUAUAUAGCACGACGUUUGGGGUCAAGUAUUUCUGCUCAUAACUCAGAAAAACUAUUUUGGCUUCAUCAAAUCAUAGGCCUUCAUCAUAGCAGUUAGCCUUCCAGUUUAUUUAUAGUUCAAUGGGUUGGUUUUGUUAUAGACAGGGAUAAAUUUUCCCCUAUACCACAUACGCCUCUCCGUCACCUGAUACCGCUUGUGAUACCCCCCUCCCCCCUUGUGACGUUAUGUGACUCCUGUCCUGAUCAAACACGCCCAACCCCCACGAGUGUUACGUAUAUUCAAAUGCCCGAGUGGCGGAAAUUUCGACGGUGAUUUCGUUUGAAACCCUUUGAAACUCAAAAGUUGCUGUUUAUAAGAGCAUUCUUUCGUCAAAAUUUCUGACAAAUUACCCCUUUAAACCAUGCAAUUAAGUUAUUAAAUUAAAGUCUGGCUCAAACAAGGAUGUUCGCAGUCACGCAAUCUUGGUUACCUGUUCUUAAUGCCUUUCCAAUAUUAUCAUGUAUUCCAUUUAAGUUGAAACAUAGUUGGAAUAGUCAUCAAACCUUUAUUUUGUUACUAUUUAGAGCUUGAAAUGUCUCCCGGCCCGCACGUAACAAUGCGUACUAUUCUAAUUGCCUAACAACCAGUUAUUACGUGCAACCGUGCAUGUAGUCAGUACGUGCUAAGUAACUGACACAAAAUGGUUUGAAAUCUUGAAUAUAUUAUUACUGUAAAAUGAAACAAAAAAUAUAUCUGAAAUUUGUACUUGAUCAAAUGUCAAAUCAAAUCAAUAUGUAACAUGAAGUUUUUAACGAUACCAUCGCGGGCGCGAUUAUAUAAUUUACAACCAACAGCAGAAGUUUUAUACAGUCUCUCAACACUCAGCAUUUUAAUAAAAUUGUUUGCACAACACUUGUUUGCAUAAUAUAUUAGGGUACAAAGUUCUUUCUUUUCAAUCAUGUAGAUUGAUCUGUCCUAUAAAGACUGAAAUGAACGUGGACGACUCACAGGCUGAAAUGGCCGAUGAAAACAACGAUACAGCGGCCAAGAGUAAUGAACGUUUUGCUGUCACAACCGUUCCCUUGAAAGACGAGAGAUUGGAGACAGAUGAAUUUCCCAAUGAAAACACAACACACUCACACUGUCCUAGUACUGCUGAAAAUACAAUAGGAUAUAACACACACGAGGCUGUGCCUAUGACGGUAUUUUAUCGAAAUGAAUCAUCCCACAUUCAAGGCAAGACGAAAGGUAAAGCAAGACCGACACUUGAUCAACUCAGAAAAGGAUUUGAAAGCAACAGUCCUGAAACACAGGUUUGAAAUUUAUUAAUUUUUCAAAAUAUAUUAAUAUAAAUGAAUUGUCAAACUAUAGAGGAUGUGAUUAUUAUUCUAUUUUAGUAAAAAUACGUAUUGAUAAAUGAUAAAUCGUUGUUGCUGUUUCCAUUCACUCGUUCACUCAGCGUUUUUAGAACAACCCAGAUCGCGAUAUUUGACACUUAAAUGUACAUAUCUUACCGUAUUAGAAAAAUAUUAUUGAUUUAGUCUCGUGCCGGUGGACACGUGCUGUAUUUUGUGUGAAACAUUGUGUGCAACAUUUGGGGGUCCAGUCUGUACAAAUAUAUUAAGCUUCCAUGUAUAGAAAGCAUCCAAAUGUGUUAUAUUUAUUAAACAAUUAGUAAUGCAUUGCAUGAUAUUGCCUGGAUAAUGGUAAAAAUCCAGCAGACAUAUAUGCGAUGAUUCAACCAAACAUCUUGUGUGCAUUUUGUUUGUCUGUGAUAAUUUCAACUGUUAUUAUUCUCAGGAAAACCCCCGUUAUGCAUAGGGCUUACAUAUUUGGAGGUGUGCAAUUCUUUCACUAAAAUGCACCUACUUUCCUGUUUUUCACUACAGCCACUACCACCUUCUCUUCUAAUAAAAGUAUUAUGAUUGUCAUUUAGGGCAGAAUUUUCUCCAUUUUCCUCUAUAGAAACUUUUGAAGGGUUGUAAAAUGAGUUCACAAAUGCAAACAGACCAAACACUCAAAUCACUGCAUGCUGUUAGAAAAAUGCACAUACAUAGAUACAAAUCCAUAAUUAUAGCUCGAAAUAUAGUAGAAGCAAUUCGGGAAAAUGUUGAUCAAAAUUUUGUGAAUGUUUACAGUGAAAAUACAAAAAGUGUCCCACUUCCGCUUCUGCAGUCUGUUGUGAUUUACUGUAACUUGUUCUGUUUUUCUGUAGCGAUUACCGAUUUAUCAGCAAAUACCACAAUAAAAUUUAAAUUCCGUACCUUUUAUGCAAUGAAACUAAAGAAAAAUGUAUUAUUUCCCUUUGCUACAAAUUAACAUAGUUAAAAAAAAAAGAGAAAACUAAGUUUUCUCGCGGUAUUUGCCAAUAAAUUGGUAAUCGCUACAGAAAAAAACAGAACAAUUAAAUUACAGUACAUCACAACAAACUACAGAAGACGAAGUGGGACACUUUUUGUAUUUUCACUGUAAAUAGGGCUUUAUUUAAUAUAUUACCAUGGAUACUAAAAAAAUGGAUAGGAAACAGCUGAUGCCAGCAGACAGGACCUAUUUGAAAUUUGUGUGUCACAAAUACAAUGAUUAUAGUAAAGUUUUUUAUUAUUUUAGAAUAAUAUGAAACUAGUUUUUCAUAUCUCUGAUAAUGGUUCUGAAAUAGUAAAGUUCACUGCAUUUUUCUUCCAUUUCCCUAUAUUUUUCACAUUCAAGUAGCUAUAUUGAGAUUCACAAUUGUUCAAAAUGGUUUCAAUAUAUCAAGCACGUAAACAUGGAAGAUGUCAUAAUUUUCAGCAAUAUUGAGAUGCCAUCUGUAGCAUGCUCACCACGCUGAAAACAUUGUACAUGAUUGUGAGUUUCCUAUCUGGUGUUCUUAUUAUCCAUGAUAGUACUCUCCAUGAUAGUACUCUCCAAACAAAAUGUUAAAAUUUAAAUAUCCCAUUGUCGAACCCUCUCCAAUAAUACCUAUGAUCCAGUCUUAGAAAAAUGUAGAAAUAUAUGUUCUCCUGUGAGUAAGUAACUGGAGUAUAUAUUUCUGGAAAGUAUCACCUUGGCCAUAAGUGUAUGGGGCUGAUGCUUUCUGGGGGCAGGGAGCAGUUGAAAGUUUGCCCAAAUUUUUAUUAAGGAUUGUAAUGUGAUUGAGACCUUUACUUUUUAUCUUAUUAUUGGUGACUUUAUUGUAAAGGUCAUUUAGUUUAUCUACCAGAACCAUUUGCUUUUGUAAUUAUGUCACCAAUAACAAGAUGAAAGGUUCUAAAUUGCAAAUGGAAUGUCUCAAUCCUGGAAAAACAAUUAGGUUCUGUUGACCAAAUUCUGAAGUCCUAUUUUAUUUUUUAUGUGUAACGUUUUAUUUUUUAUGCAUAACUAUGUCUAUACCACUGAUCUCUAUGCAAACAAAAGUUUAGUUAUGUGAGUGGAUAGUGGUGGUCCAGUACAAAAUAGUUUCUUUGUUGUCAAAAAAAUGGAGGUAUAACCCAAAUCCAACCUUAAAACAGCCAGACUAUAAUAUCCUGACUAGUGUAAAUGAUGAACAACUCCAAAGCAACUAUGAACUAACAGAAUAUUGACCUUUAUGAUGUUGUGCCUGUGCUUAUAAGUAAAAUUGGGGUUCAAGAUAACAGAGUCGGUGUCAAAUGACAAAAUGCAAUUAACCCAUCAGGGUUUAAAAUAUUUUGAUAUAUUUGUAGGCUGUUUAUUGGUGUGACUGUGUACCUUUUUUGUACUAGCAAUUUUUUGACCAGCAAUUUUUUUAGGCUCCAAUAAGCUGAACAUGAAAUGAUUACGCAGAAAAUAUUUUUGGGCAGCAAAAAUAGAAAUAUAAAAAACUCAUCAAAAUCAUUUCAAAAAUCGUGUAAUGAAAAUAAAUGCCAGUAUUUUAAAAUAUUUACUAAGUCUAAGAAAUAAUGUUUCGUUCAUGACUCUGUUAUGCAGUUACGAUUCCCGCCUGGUUCAUGGCAUAGAAAUAGAUAGAUAUCCAAUAGUAUUAUUUCUAUGCUUCAUGGCUACCAGAUUUAUAGCUACCAAGAAUGCUUAACGCGAUCUUCAGGGGGCGCACAUCUAAGGAAUUUCUAGGGGGGUGUGGGCUACUUGGGGACCGACUUUUUGAUAUUCAAAAAGAAAUUAAACAGAGGGGUAAAAAACAAUUCUGCAAAAACAUCAUGCCACAGAACAGGGACGUGGGAAUGUAUUGAAAUCAGGGGGUAAGGUCUCACGAGGCGCCACCAUGGUUGGCGCCGAGCGAGAAAAUUUUCAACAUUUAGAACCUCUUGGUCGCCGGAAACGACCAUUUCAGAGUUUUAACUCUACCUUUUCGGUAGGCUCGUUCAGGUGUAUGAACGAAGGAUUAAGAAAAUUCAUCCCUUAUUUAAUAGUUCGCUCAAUUUCUGCAUUUGUUCAAUCUAUUCCAGAUCAAUAGAAUCAGAUAAGUCUUUUUCUGAACUGAAGAAUCAAAACAUAUGUAUAGGCCUAUGAGCUCGCGUGUGAAUACCAGGACGUGUUUAUUACUUAUUAGUAAUGUGUAUGAGCUGUCAUGAGAAUAUCCGUUCGCAGGCCACAGGUACGAAAUCGGAUAGUAGCAGAGAGAGAGAGACGAGUUUAUUUUUUCUAAUAUAAUUGUUACUUUCGUCCGUCCAUAUAAAAUACUGAAAAUAAUGAAAAAUAGAAGUGUAUAAUAACAACUAGCAAAACAAUGAAAUCAAGAUAAUAAAUAAUCUGAAUUAACCAUCUAAACCUUAGCGGGUGCGCUACGAUUUGACGUUUAAAAAUCAAGAAAUAGUUUCUUACACAUUACAGGUAAACUACGUGAAGCGUUCCUCUUUUGAGUUCCUAACUCAUUUGGAAUUUUCAAAAUUAGAUUUGCAAAUUUGAAAAACUCUUCGCAAAUCCCUUGAGGGAAUUUGCAAUUUUCCUGUCGACCGUUGCAAUAUUCCAACGCAAAGAAAGUUCCUUUCAACUUUUCCUAACUUCCUGUUUUAAUUUCCUAACUUCCUGUUCUGUUCUGAGCGUUUUCAUUGGUGGAUUAUUUUUGUUGGCCAAUUGCAACGCACAGAACAGAACAGGAAGUUAGGAACUUGUAACAGGAAGUUAAGAACUUCUAACAGGAACUGAGGAAAAUUUAUUUGGCUCUUAAGAACAUUGCAAAUUCCCUCAAGGGAUUUGCAAGGGAGAUUUUCAAAUUUGCUAAGGUAAUGACGAAAAUUGCAAUCAACUUAGGAACUCAAAAGAGGAACGCUUCACGUAGUUUACCUGUAACACAUACACAUAGGCUUGUUCAUAACAUCUUACCAACUGGCUCUUGUGUUGUCGGACCCAAUUCACGGAGUCGGACAGAAGUAAUAUUAAUUCUUAUACCCAAAUUUUGGGACCGAGUUUUCGCACAGUAUCAAGGAAGAAUGGGACCGACUUUUAGUGAUAUUCGGACGCUCCCCAGCCCCUAAUGUGCGCCCCUGGCGAUCUUGUUAUGAUAAAUUCAUUGUAUAGAUCGAUGGAUUAAGGUGAAAACUCGUUUAAUAGCCAGCUAGCGCUGUGAAAAUUGAACUCAUAAGUCAACCCACUUGAGUCAAAUUGUGCCAAAAUAUUACGUGAUUGAAACCCAAGAAUUGUGUAAAAUUUCGUUACAAUCUGGAUAUGUGCUGUCAUGCAUGGUUGCCACAAGCAUUUUGCACAAGUUUUUAUAUUUGCCAUUUGGUACAGAGAAUACAGUAUACCUGUUGGCACUGAACAACUUUUAAAUACUAUCCUAUAUAAUGACCAAAAACGGAGUAUCCUUGCAGAUAUCUUAUUAUAUAAACAGGGUGCGAUAAUUCAAUAUUUUUAGCCGUACCUGACUGGUACUCCGAAAACUUUUGCCACGUACCUGAUCUGGUACAAACAGUAACAAACUUAAGAGUCAAGACGUACCUAUAAGACUACUUCCGAGUCAUGUGUUUUUAUACCUAUACGUACAGUUUACUGGUCCGCCAAAAGCUUUUGUACAAAUGAAUCUUUAACUAUGUCUAUGGUAUAUUUGUACAACAUAAUAUAACAGUUUUCAAAGCGUCGACGUUGUGACUCGAAUGCCAUCGCUCUUUUACAGUGGAAUUCCCGAGGGUGCUAAUAGUCUGACCUCAGCUACAUACAGUGUAGUUUUCCUCAUUGGGCCUAAAAAAACCUGUGGUUCCGGUUUCAUAUCGCGAAAAAAUUAGGGUAGGUAGGUCGGAAAUAAAAAAUUUUUCUGAAUAUUUUUUUCAUAGUUUUGGCGGGUUUUUGCUGGGCGAUUUUCAGUAGAAUCCCGACAUCAAUAUUAACUAGAGAUGCGUAGUUCCUACGGACGAAUUUAAGCAGGUUGGUUCAAUAAUUAUUGUGACAACAGACGCCAUUUUGCCACUCUGUGCGAGCAGCCCGCAACCACCCGGAGAAAAUAGGGUCGCACGGUCAAUCGUGUUGAAAAAAAUAAUAGGGUGAGCAGAAAAAAAUAGGGUCGGUCGGGAAACCGGAACCACAGGUAUUUUUUAGGCCUUGGUAUAGCAUUGAUUGGUAAAAAAUUAUGUUGGUGUCCACACUACAACGAAAACGAUAAAAUUAUCGGCGUUUGACGAUAACGAUUUUAAAAUCGCUAACCCGAGCGAUUUUUUUUCAGUCGGACGAUGACGAUAAAUGUUUUCAUCAAGCUCAAAGAUAACCUUUGGGCUUUUUUCAUCCCAAAAUAUGUCGGAUACGUGGAAUUUACAUGUACAGCUAAAGGUCCUCACGGUUUUGAAUACUUUGGCAGGUUUGCUAGUUAUUGCUAGAAGUAAAAUGUAAGUACGCGGAUAACAAAUUUCCGCGUACCCACGUGGUACUUGCCUAAAAACAAAGAAGUACCAGACCAUAAAUUUGGCGUACCUCCGGUACGUUGGUACGCGAAUUAUCGCACCCUGAAUAUAAACCUUAAUACAAUAUGCAUGGUCCUAUAAAUGUUUAAGUACUUCCCGAGGAGUCUAUUCAAAAAAGUAUAAUAAUCGCUUAACGAAUACCUUUCUUCCUCUUUGUUUCACAUUUCCUGCAGCAGCUUCCAGCAUUAAUUCAUCCAGAUGUAAUUCUGUAAACUAGGUUAUAAACUGGGACUAUAUUUUCCUUAGUACAUUUUUCUCUUCCCUAGCGUAUGAUUGAUGUAGAAACAGAUGAAGCAAAUGUAGAAAACAUACCAACUAAAACUCAAACCAAAUUUGGCUGGAUUAAAGGCGUGUUGGUGCCAUGUUUAUUAAAUAUAUGGGGCGUUAUGUUAUUUCUUCGUUUGACUUGGGUUGUUGGUCAGGCUGGGAUUGGUCUUUCCACAGUAAUUAUUUUACUUUCUGCGGCUGUAACGACUUUGACGUCUAUAUCAAUGUCAGCAAUCUGUACCAAUGGACAAAUCAAAGGAGGUAUGACUUUGUUAUUUAUUACAAUUCGUUUCUCUGAAGAAAUCACCUUUUCUGUUUUGGGUAUAGUGAAAUAAUUUGUGGUGCGAGAGUGAUGAUAAAGGCUAAUAAAUAAACAAACAUUUUACUUCCAGCAAGUUUGUAAUAUACAGUGCAAUCUGUUAAGUACUGUUUAAUAAACGAGCAGGAGUGUUUUAUUAUGUUUAAAGACACGAGCGCGCAGCGCGAGUGACUUUAGACAUAAUAAAACACGACCUGCGAGUUUAUUAAACGGCUUCAAACACGACUACAAAUUCAAUAGAUAUACUGCCUUAUUAGUAAUCUUUAUAUAAAGAAUACUAAUGAGGACACGACUACAAUAGAUACUGCCUUAUUAGUACGUGACAUAUUAUGGUUGACAUGAUUUGCCAAUAAGCUUAUGAAUUAUUAAUGAGUGUUUGAAUUAACCUUUAUAAGGAAUUAAAUAUAUAUCAUGCUUACAAAAAUAAUUGGCUGUAAUAAGUGGUAAUAAAGUUCGCCGUAAUACGUCUGGGUUUCACACUGAAUUAAAAUGAAAUAUAAAGUGUACAUGACAUGCAGUUGUCAAAAUGGCCGUCCACCCUCAAUGCCUACAGCCAUUGUCACGUCUCCAUAAAUGAGAAGGAUUCGGAUAAUUAAUGAGAUCGAGAAAAUACGAAGAAAAUUUGCACUGGUCACAAUCCAACUCUCUUGUGAGUUCCUCUUCAACCCAUUAAGUUGCAUUCGCCCUAAUGCGCCCUAUUUUAUUAAUUUACUCUGUCAGAGCGCUGGAGCUCAAUCAGUUAAAAUUUCUAUAAGACAUAAAUAUUUUAAUAUAUUCUCAGGUAUUAUAAAAUUACUUUAAGUAUUUAUAAAUUACUUAUUUAGUUUCAAUUUUUGUUAAUUUUCAGGUGGCGCGUACUAUCUCAUCUCACGUAGUUUGGGUCCAGAGUUUGGUGGCUCUAUUGGUCUGAUCUUUUCAUUGGCAAAUGCAGUUGCCGUGGCGAUGUAUGUUGUUGGUUUUGCUGAAACCGUCACAUAUUUAAUGGUGGAAAGUAAUUCUCUUAUGAUAGAUGAAAUAAAUGACGCUCGCAUUAUAGGACUAGGGACAGUUGUCAUACUACUUGGACUCACAUUGAUUGGCCUGGACUGGGUGCUUAAAGCGCAGUUAGGUUUGCUCAUCCUCCUUCUGGUAGCCAUGUUCAGUGUCGUUAUAGGAUUUUUUGUAGGUCCUUUGAGUGACGAUAUAAGAUCUAAAGGUUUCAUUGGUAUGAGCUCCUCAGCGUUUAGUGAAAACUUUUCCCCCAGUUACACUGGAAAGGAGAAUUUCUUCUCUGUGUUUGCUGUGUUCUUCCCGGCAGCCACUGGCAUUCUUGCAGGAGUAAAUAUUUCUGGAGAUUUAAGAGAUGCACAAAAGGCGAUCCCGAAAGGAACAUUUCUUGCAAUUGGGGUAACUGGGGUAGUUUAUGUACUUCUGGGUAUAAUGGCUGGAUCUUGUGGGGUGCGAGAUGCUACAGGAAUUGUUAAUGAGACGAUCACGUGUGCUAUGAUGGAGUGCAAGUAUGGAUUGAAUAACGAUUACCAGGUAUGGAUAAAGUUGUGAGUACGGAACACUCUAAAACACCCUGGUUGAUUUUAGAUGGACGGGUCUGGUUGUACAUUCACCUAACAUCAACCAAAAUUCCAGGAAAAAUAACCAGGAAAACCAAAAUAGUGUUAUUUUCUAUUUGGCCGUGCAGGAACUUAUGAAAGAGCGUGGUGAAAAUGAAAAUUGUACAGCCUGUUUUCAUGGUACACGUGGCAUUGACAGUUGUACAUGUGACAUUGACAAGUACUUUUAGUUUAGUAAAAUGCAAUCGGCAUCAGUUUUUUUCUAAAUGCUUAUUUUGUCGGGGAUUUUGUCCUAUUGAUCUACUGUAAGCUCUUUCGAUACAUGUAAUUGUAAAUUUGUAUUCUUAACAAUUUUGAAUUGAUACUGAUUUCAAAUGACUAAAUCCAUGUAAUAAUUAUCCCAUGCAACUGUUAGGAAGGGCGAAAUUUUUAACGGAGGACAAAAAUUCUAAAGGGGGGCGAAACUCCUGACACCGACCCAAAAUAUGUUCUGUUUACAUUUAUUUCGCCCAGAAUUCAUCCUGGCCUGAAGGUAGUUCGAUUUACAUAGCAUAUUGACUUUCGGCCAGUCUGAGCGAUUUAUUCCAACACGUCUCGUAAAAAGAAACUAGAUAUUUCCGUAUGCAGGAUUUUUUUCUGGAAUUACUUUUGUCAACUUUUCCCGUUAUCGUGAAUCAGGCCUGGUUACAAGGCCCUUGUAAAAGCAAAAACCCGAAGCGGUCUCGAACUCAGCACCUAUAGAACGUUGUAGACGCAAGCUUUGCCUUUCGAGCACUGUCAAAGCUCGCUGAAAACCGUCGUAUAAAAUUCGCCACUGAUCACUACCUUAAUAAUAGACUUCACUAUUUAUUGCACUUUUGCCCCAAUGGCGUCUUUUCAUGAUUGCCUGUUUUAGCAUGGCAGAUGCUCAUGAAGGUUAUGUCCUCAUGUUUCUCUUUGAUCUUUUAACACAGUUACAAGCCUAUUCUUAACCUAAUCGUGUAUGAAGCGCAGGGCUGCAAAAUAAAGCGGACCACGGGACCAUUGGUCCUAGAAAAUAUUUGAGGGUGGCAGAAAAAAACCCCAUGAAACCCUAGGUAAAAAGUCUUUUUAGGAAAUUAUACUAGUUUUAGUGAUACUGUAAUCAUACUUCACUUAGUUCACUGCAGAUCGUAUAGACAAAAAUAUGUAAGGGCUAAUUUAUAACAUACAGUAAAAGAAUAUUUAUUCGCUAGCUAUGUAAUUGGAAUAAUGUUUAUUUUCAAGACCGAAAUGAUGUCUAGAAUUUGUCCAGAAUACGACAAUUGUCGAUAGCGACAACCACGAUAAUGCUUUGACAAAUGCAUAGAUAAUUAAUUCUUGCGAUAAUGCGUGGAUAAUUAAUUCAUUUUAUUUCGAAUAUCGAAGUCCGAUCCUACUAUGAAACAACUUUAUCAAUCCGAUCCGAAAUGUAUAUUUUUGUUCCGAAAUCCGAACGAAUCGGAUCGGAUUUGCACACCUCUAGUCUUGACCUUCACCGAGCUCCGCAACAUAAUAAUAACCCCGCAAAAUAUCCUGAAGAAAAUGCCUGUCUAUGUUCUCGUUUUCCCAUCCUCGUACCAGGGUCUUUCGUGGCACCAGAGGGUGAGAGAAAAUAGCCUGAGUACGAGUUUGUCGUUUUCCUUGAACUAUAUUUUGGAUAAGGUUAUUAUACCAUGCCUAACUUUUGUGACUCUUGCACUUUUUUAGUUGAUGCAAAAGAUUUCAGUCUGGGCGCCAUUGGUCAUCAUUGGUAUUUUUGCUGCAACAUUAUCCUCUGCACUUGCCAGUUUGGUCGGAGCCCCUAAAGUUUUCCAAGCUGUCUGUCGAGAUGAAAUAUUUCCAUAUAUCACGUUUUUCGCCAAAGGAAGUGGACCUAAUGACGAACCACGAAGGGCCUACAUUCUUGUCUUCUUUAUUGCUUCUGGGUUCAUUGCAAUUGCUGAACUUAAUGUGAUUGCUCCAAUCAUUUCCAACUUUUUCCUAAUGUCGUAUGCUCUAAUCAAUUAUGCUGUGUUUGCAGCAUCUUUGGGUCGAUCACCAGGUUGGAGACCAUCGUUCAAAUAUUACAAUAAAUGGGCUUCCUUAUUUGGAGCAUUGUUAUGUAUUGGUAUUAUGUUUCUUAUUGAAUGGUGGGCAGCUUUAGUUACAAUUGUCAUCAUUGGAUCUCUCUAUAAAUAUGUCUCGUAUAAAAAGCCGCAGGUAAGACCAAAAUAAUUGUCGUUGUUGUUAUUGUCGACAUUGUUGAUGUUAUUAGUUGGUAAUGCUGUUCAUACUGUAGUAGUUCGUGUUGUUGUUGCUGCUGCUAUUGUUUUUAUUGUUGAUGUUGUUUUUGUUGUUGCUGCUGCAGUAGCUCUGUUAUUGUUAUUGUUAUUGUUAUUGCUGUUGUUAUGGUUGUUGCUACUGCUUUUGUUUGUUAUUGGUGCCGCUUUGUUAUUGUUGUUGUUGUUCUUGUUGUUGCUAUGGCUGAUGUUGUUUUUGUUAUGGUUGUUGCUCUUGUUAUUGUUUUUGUUGUUUCUGCACUCAUUUCUGUUCUUAUUGUAAUUGUAAUAGUUAUAUGUGCUUUUUGCGUCACUUCAGGUGAACUGGGGUUCGUCGACACAAGCUGUUACUUACCGUACUAUCCUUGCAAUGAGUUAUCAAUACAAUGAAGCAGAAGACCAUGUGAAGAAUUUCCGACCUCAGUGCCUUGUGUUGUGUGGAUCUCCUGAGAGUCGCCCAGAAAUCGUCCACUUAGUGUCACAUGUUACUAGGAAUAACGGUUUGAUGAUAUGUGGUGAAGUAUCUAAGAGUGAUCGUAAGAAAGCAACAGAUUGGCUUCGUGACAAUAAGAUAAAGGCAUUUCACUGCAUUUGUACAGGUAAAUACAUUUGCUUAUAAAAAUCAUAAAAACUGGAAUGCUUAGGCAGUCAACGUCGGUGUUGGUAGCCUUUACAGAGGUUUGACUGAUUGAUCAGAAUUUUAAUUGUUUUUUAAUUGUACCUUUACUUUCUGCUAGCUCGUGAAUUCCGUUCUGGUGUGAGCAGUUUACUUCAAUGCACUGGACUUGGUAAGAUGAAGCCAAACACGGUGUUUCUUGGUUUCAAAACAAACUGGAAAGACGGGUUUGCCAGAAACAGGAUCGAAGAAACAAACGAAGACAUACGAGAAGACAGAAACGAUGAAAUCCAAACUGAACAUGCUAACGAUUUUGAAGAUUCGAAAACCACAAAAAACUAUGUGAAUAUUAUCCAAGAUGCAUUUGAUCAACAAUUAGGUGUAGCCAUUUUCAGAUCCAAUUUUGACGAAACAGAUAAUACGCGUAUUUUGAACGAGAAACGUGAGGGAACCAUUGAUGUUUGGUGGUUGUUUGAUGACGGUGGCCUGACUUUGCUUAUUCCAUAUUUAUUGAGUCUUAAUCGUUAUUGGAAGAAGUGUAAGCUGCGGGUCUUCACUCCGAAAUCCACUCAGAAAGAGGGCGAGAUAUCUUCUAGUAAAAUUAAAAUGGCAAGUUUAUUGAAAAAAUUUCGUAUUGAUGUUUCAGGUGUCGUAGAGUUUGAAGGUAUAUCCGAAAAACCAAAGGAAGAUAGUAUUAACGAUUUUAAAAACCUUGCUGGACAUAUGGUCGAGGGAGAACACAAAAAGAAGAGCUUACGUCAUAUCCGGUUAGGUGAAUUACUAAGAGAACACAGUCAAAAAGCGAGUUUAAUUGUGAUGACAUUACCUGUGCCCAGUGAAGCAGUUGAACCUACGAUGUACAUGAGUUGGUUAGAGAUGAUGACUAAAGAUUUACCUCCUAUCUUGUUGAUUCGUGGUAAUCACACCAACGUACUUACCUUCUAUACAUAA